UCACUUCCGCAUUAGAUCGCGAGCGGUUAACCGUGUGCACGGAGCUGUCACAGAUUUUGCUCUCAGGAAAGGAAGAUUUGCGGCUGAUGGUUUUGACUUUAUUGAAAACAAUGAAUUGAUAAUAAUCUCAGAUCAUUGAAACGGAAGUACUAAGCGUAGGGAGGUGAGCUGCUUUUACAGAUAUGUGGGUUUUCGGUUACGGAUCGCUCAUUUGGAAAGUCGACUUUCCGUUUGAGGAGAAGCGAGUCGGUUUCGUUGAAGGUUUCAGUCGCCGGUUCUGGCAGGGAAGCACAGAUCACCGCGGAGUUCCCGGAAAGCCUGGACGUGUGGUGACGUUAAUUGACGACCCCGAGGGCCGUGUUUGGGGCGUUGCUUACAAACUUCCAUCAGGCAGAGAGAAAGAGGUGAAGGAGUAUCUGGACUACAGAGAGAAAGGUGGAUACAGAGUGAUGACAGUUACAUUUUAUCCUAAAGAUGAUCAGCACGAGCCCAUCCAGAACACACUGCUCUACAUUGGAUCCCACGACAACCCAAACUACCUUGGACCAGCACCUCUGGAACUCAUUGCAGAACAGAUCCUUAGGUCAGUUGGACCCAGUGGAAAAAACACAGAGUACUUAUUUGAGCUGGCCAACGCUCUCAGGGAGUUGAUGCCUGAAGAAGCAGAUGAUCAUCUUUUCUCCCUGGAGCACCUGGUCAAGAAACUUCUACAGGAGGCUGCUGAAUGACACACUAAUUACUACCGCUCCAUGUAGCAUUUUUUGCACACUGGUGGUUCGUCCACAUACACACACAAGUAUCUUGUAUAUGGAGUCUCUUUAACUUAAUAGCAGAUUAUUAAAACCUUCGAUUUUAUUUCA